GAAAAUUUAUAAUGAAUUUAAAAAAAGUAAUUCUAGAAUUUUAGAAAACAACCAUGAUCCUGAUACUCCUUCUUUUUCCACAACCGAACAACAUGAAAAACAAUCUAAUGUAAAUAAUAAUAAUUCAGAAAUUAAAUCUUCUCGCUGCUAUGAGACCGAAAAAUUUGACUCUAAUGAAAAUAUUUGGCAUCAUUCACCGCCAUCUUCUGUUAUCCAUUGUGAGUUGAUGUCCACUAAUAAUUGUGUUCUUGAUUCUAAUAAUCCAAAUUUGCAAGUUACUACGCCUACUAUUGAAA